CUGGUCCAUGAUGCUUUGCGGCAGCCCGAUUGUGUACAGCGUGAUUUACUGUCUGACGUGAGGAAGCAGUGAACCGUCCAGAACCUGCAGCGGCUCAGGAACCAGAACACUCGGGACGGGAGGAAGCAGCUCUGACUGAGCUGGGACCCAGCGGAACCUGCAGUCGAGGACCACUAGCCGGACGGCGAUCGCCGCGUCAAUCCUCAGAUUAGUCUCGAGUGUUUCACACACAAGUGGCUGCUGGUUCGAAUCCCAACGCUGAAGUUGCAGCACCUUGACUUGGUAAGAGCGCGCCUGGACUGUAUGUGGAGGGAAGGAGUGACGACGUCUGGAUGAGGAUGGAUCUGAAAGUGUGGGUGGACGGAGUCCAGCGAGUUGUCUGUGGUGUGACUGAGUUCACCACAUGCCAGGAAGUAGUCAUUGCUCUUGCACAGGCCAUCGGUCGCACUGGCCGAUACACCCUGAUUGAGAAGUGGCGGGAGACAGAGCGCCAUAUUGCGCCAAGCGAGAGCCCUGUGGUGUCCCUCAACAAAUGGGGGCAGUUUGCCGGUGAUGUCCAGCUCAUCCUCCAUCGUUCAGGACCGUCGGCCAGUGAAAGGCAAGUGUCCGGCCUCUUGUCGGCACGAGUACUGUCCCGCCAGAGUCUACCGCCCCUUGCCAAGCUCCGACCUGCGGCAGAGUGCGCGCUCAAACGCUGUGAACCGAAACGCAAGUCGCUUGCAGGACGAGCUCGGAGUCUGCGUGAGAUCUUUGGGAAACGUAAAACCACUGAUGGUUCUCAGCAGCCAUGCAGAGACAUUGGUGGAAGAAGAACUGAAUGUGAAGGUUCGGCCUGUGAUCUGGGGCGCCUGGUGCAGCUGCAGAAAGACAAGCUCCAGGUUCUAGAAAACCUGCUGCUGGGCUUUGAGACGGUGCUAGAUGAGGACAGAGCCCUGGAGGUUCUGAUGCUGGAGCAGCAAGUGAGGAAGAACAACACUGAGAUCGAGGAGGAAGAGUUCUGGCAGGACGAGUUUCAGAUGGAGCUGGAGAGCGAGCAGCUGCUCAGGCUGCAACUAGAGCAGCUCCAACAUCAACUAUUGGACUGUGAGCAGAAACUCUCUGAACAUCUCGUUUACAUCCAAAAGAUGGAGGAGGAAGUGCAGCAGGAGAACGGGCCAGGCCAGACAGUCUCGGAGGAGGAAGUGGCUCCAAGACCAGACAGUGUGUGGGCGGAGCUGGAGAUCCAGAAUCAGCAUGCAGCUCACCUGGAGGUCAGCUUGAGGUCAUUGGAGGAUCAGCUGUGCCAGACCAGCUGUUUGCUACAGGAGAAGGAGCAGGAACUCGAGUUGUUGACAAAAGAACUUCGACGAGUAAAUCUGCGACAGUUUAUUCAGAAAACUGAUACAAGAGUUGCUGUGGUAGUGGCAGGUGAGGACACACACACAGUCAAAUCCAGGAACCUAUGCUGUGGUUCUGGUCCAGAGGUGGACUCCGGUUCUCUGGAUCGAAUGAGCAUGUCUCGACCCGUACUCACUGACCCCUCAGUCCUGAAGUGCAGCACCUCAUCACCUCGCCACCCUGCAGGGGUCUAUGUGUGAAGGUGCAGCUGAUGUAUGUGUGUCACAGAAGCUGGAGGACUGGGUCGGGUCAUCAAUCCGGGACACGCACGACCAGGAGAGCUGCCUCGUCAAUCACUGACUGUUGUGUAUGUCUUCACACUCAUGUGUGUCCUAUGGCCUUGUUCUAGUUUCAAAAGCAGAAACUUUAUUU